UGCUAAGCCUAUGUCCAUGUAUAUAUAUAUAUAUAUCCAUCAACCCUUUCUAAGACCCCUAUGCUCCUUUCUUUUGACACAUUAAAUCUAGCCAAAUGACCACCGCCAAAAUGGACAGUAAGGAGUCUCGAGGAGAACUCCAAGAACCCCUUUUACUCUCAUCCGCAAAACCUGAAACCAAUGAUCAUUAUCAUGAAGCGGACUCUAGACUUGAAAAUGUUCUAAACGACACCAACUUAAGCUACUUCAUGCGCCUCGGGUUGGCAUCCUGGAUCGAACUUAAACUCCUCUUCCGCUUGGCUGCACCAGCAGUUUUUGUUUACUUGAUCAACAACUCCUUGUCCUUAUCUACCAGAAUCUUCUCCGGCCACCUUGGCAAUCUUGAGUUUGCUUCUGUCUCUCUUGCCAAUAGUGGUGUCCAACUCUUUGUCUAUGGCCUCAUGCUAGGAAUGGGGAGUGCUGUGGAAACUCUAUGUGGUCAAUCUUAUGGAGCCCAACGAUUUGAAAUGCUAGGCACAUUUCUUCAAAGAGCAACCGUGGUGCUUACUCUAACAGGGAUACCACUGGCUGCAGUAUAUGUUUUCGCAAAACCAAUCUUGAUCUUACUUGGUGAACCAACAACAGUAGCAUCAUCUGCAGCUGUCUUUGUUUAUGGUCUUUUACCCCAGAUUUUUGCUUAUGCUGUGAAUUUUCCAGUACAAAAAUUCCUUCAAGCACAAAGCAUAGUGACCCCAAGUGCCAUAAUAUCAGCAAUUACACUUGUCUUUCACCUAUUCUUAACCUGGCUGGCAGUGUACAAGUUAGGGUGGGGAUUGAUAGGAGCAUCACUUGUUUUAAGCUUGUCAUGGUGGAUUGUAGUGGCAGCUCAAUUUUUAUUUAUAGUGAUGAGUAGGCGGUGCAAGAAGACAUGGACUGGCUUUACCAGCCAAGCUUUUAAUGGGCUAUGGGAUUUCCUGAAAUUGUCAACGGGAUCAGCUGUAAUGCUUUGCUUGGAGACAUGGUAUUUUCAGAUUUUAGUCUUGAUUGCUGGCCUUCUCAAGAAUCCUGAGCUUGCCUUGAACUCUCUUUCUGUGUGCAUGUCAAUAACAGGGUUUUUGUUUAUGAUAUCAGUCGGUUUCAAUGCAGCUGCAAGUGUAAGAGUUAGCAAUGAAUUGGGAGCUGGAAAUCACAAGUCAGCAGCAUUUUCAGUUGUCAUGGUUACUUUGGUUUCUUUUAUAAUCUCCCUGAUAGAAGCUGGAGCAAUUCUUGCUCGGCGCCAUGUAAUCAGCUAUGUCUUCACCGGUGGUGAAACUGUGGCCAAUGCAGUCUCAGAUCUCUGCCCAUUAUUGGCUGUCACCCUCAUACUUAAUGGGGUUCAACCAGUCUUGUCAGGGGUGGCCGUUGGCUGUGGAUGGCAAGCAUCUGUUGCAUAUGUGAAUGUGGGAUGUUACUAUGUGGUUGGAAUUCCAUUUGGAUGUCUUAUGGGCUUUAAGUUUGAUCUUGGAGUAAAGGGCAUAUGGUCUGGGAUGAUCGGUGGAACACUAUUGCAAACCCUAAUCUUACUGUGGGUAACAUUUCGAACAGAUUGGAGGAAGGAGAUGUUCCAAUUUCAGGUGGAGAAGGCUAAGAGUCGUCUGCACAAAUGGGAAGAUAAGAGGAAACCAAGUCUCGGAUAGCAUAGGACUGAACAUUGGUGUGCAUGGAGAACUAGAAGAUUCGAAGGAUCCAACUCUAUGUAGCUAUGCAUCGGCUGGCAUCAACGUUCUCGUCCAAAAAUCAAUCCAUUUCGUACUAUCAAUAAACACCAUGUCACUCUUCUUGGCGGGAUUGUCAGCCUAUCAAGACUGCUAUGAAUAAAGAUGCCGUAUUUAUUAAUUUUAACUACAUUUAUCUU